UCGAGUUCCAUGACGUCAUGGCAUCAAUACGGAAGUGAGUACUCUGAAACUAGCACCUUCAGUUUUGUUUACAUGUGACAUGCAGGAGAUCAGCGGGAGUUGAUGCUGGUUCUCUGUGAAGAACCGCAGCAUGUUGCCCCGCAGCGCCGCAUCGAGGGGCCGGAUAGACUACCGACACGGCUUCUACCCUCCACCUCCCGCCCUGGUGCCUCUGAUCUACGACUACCACCACCACCACCACAGGCUGGCUGGUGUCAACAACUUCCAUGUUCCUGGACUAGAGAGGUUUCCUCCAUAUGAAUGGAAUCCCCCACUAAGACCACUAUCCCCAGUCCCUCCUCCAGUCCCCCAUCCUCACACAGCAACUAGGACCAAUGGGCGCAAGAGGCAAAAUGAUGACUACAGCCCCCAUGUUGUGAAGCGCCAACGCCACGACUCCCCUUUAACUCGGGACCCUCCCCCUCAUCAUCCUGACCCAGCGGUGGCAGGGUCAUCAAGAUCAUCCUCUGCUGGUUUUGAUCGCUCUUAUUCCAGCCCACGCACCCAUAUCCAGCCUCAGGCCACUGCUGUCCCAGAAAGCUCCAACAGCCUGCAAGCCUCUGCUAAGGACAAUUUAAGUAGUCAGAUGGUGGAGCUUUUUGAGGCGUGCCAGCAGCAACUUUCCGAUUUGGCCCGGAAGGAGGCGUGUCGAACUCGUCUGCAGAAAGACAUACAGCAUGUCUUUGCAGUAGCACGGCUUUACUUGACUGGAUCUUCUAUGAAUGGAUUGGGCUGCCGGAGCAGUGAUGCUGAUCUGUGUCUGGUCAUCAAGGGAAAUAAAAGACCCGAUCCAAUUCAUGUACUCUCUGUCCUCCAAAGGCUGUUCAAGUCACUGUCAUAUGUAGAAAGGACUCAGCUGAUCAGAGCCAAAGUGCCGAUCCUCAGGUUCAGAGAGAAAGGCAGUGAUCUGGAGUUUGAUCUGAAUAUCAACAACACUGUGGGCAUCAGAAACACAUUCCUUCUGAGGAGUUAUGCCUAUGCUGAUCUCAGGAUAAGACCCAUGAUACUUGUUGUCAAGAAAUGGGCAGGGCACAAUCAAAUCAACGAUGCCAGCAAAGGAACGUUAAGCAGCUACACACUGGUGCUGAUGGUGUUGCACUACCUCCAGACUCUCAAGGAUCCUGUCCUUCCCUCCCUACAGAGGGACUACCCCGAGUGUUUUAAUGCCCUCCUGGACGUUGACAUGGUUCCAGAGGGACCCAAACACAUCCCCCCAUACAUCUCAAAAAACCAGUCCUCUCUGGGAGAGCUUCUUCUGGGAUUUCUCAAAUACUAUGCCACCGAGUUCAGGUGGGAUAAGCAGGUGAUCUCUGUUCGAGAGGCCAAAGCUUUGCCCAAGAACAAUUCUCAUGCGUGGAGAAACAAGUUCAUAUGCGUGGAAGAGCCAUUUGAAAGAAACAACGUCGCCAGGGCCGUCCAUGAGAAGAUCAAGUUUGAUGCCAUUAAAGCGGAGUUUGUUGAGUCAUACCGGAUACUACAGGACAGGAAGGACCUGAACUCGAUCCUCCCGGUCAGAGCCAUCAUGAAUAAGGAGUCAUCCAGGAGAUAAGGGGUUCCUCAAAUUAGACGAGUGGACGGGAGUCUUCUACCUCAAGACAGCCAGAAAGAAUCUGGGACUCUGAAUGCUCUGGCUGCCUUGGUAUCGGUCACAUACGUGAUUUCCUGAGGCAAAAAAUACUGCACUCACUUUCAAAUGCUUUGCAAACGUUGCCAAAUGAUUGAAACUGAUGAUAAAAAAAAACAAACACAAUAUUUGUUGAGUGAAACCAGAUGGCUCUGAAAUCAUAAUCCUGUCACGUAAACUGGUGACAGAAAGGGGCUGCACUGAAGCAGGAUAAUAAUGGUCAGUAUUAUUAGAGAUGGCUAUUGCUACUGCUACACAGCCCUCUUUUCCAAUGCACAGAGCAUUACUGGGAAGAAGUUAAGUACACCGACAAAGUACCUGCACCCUGCUCAUAUCUGAAGCAACAGCGUUUAGGUUUGACUGGUCUCAACCCGGUUUAUCUUCUCUGAUCUCAGUUUUGGGUAUAUCCACAUUGCUAGAGCCAUACUGCACCGUUUUGAAGAAGAUGUCAAUAAUUUGCUUCUGCCACAUACAUGUACAGUAUAUACAGCAUAUUGUCUUCAGCCUGUCUGGACCAACUUGUAACAUCAAAGCCUUUUUUCUAUUUUUCUAGGUCAGUAGUGAAGUUAUUGUGGGUUUAAACACCAUAGACACUUUUUUACAGUUGCAUUAAAUGCCCUCUCCUUUUUCAUUAUCACCAUAUUUAAGUUUCUAAGCUCCUCUGAGAACUGAGCUUGUUGUGAAGUGAUGUUUAAGUUAGUUAAGUGACUCUGAGGUGAUCAUUAGAUGGCUGUAAAGAUGCCACACUCUGGAUAUUGUCACUCCUUUAUUAUCACUCCUGGUGUUGUAUUUUUUCCCUAGACUGGGUUCAUGCCAUUUUAGUCUACUUGAUUUAUCUGGUCAAAAACUGAUAUCAUUCACAAGUUUUCUGUUCACUUAACAAAUACAUUAUUAGAAAAAUUUACCUUUCAGUGUGCUUAUACUUUUCCUCAGCUCUUUUUGUACAUUUUGUACAUUACUGACUUUUAAAUGUUUAUUUAAAAAAUGAAAUCUCUUGAGAUGUAUGAUUGUUUUCACUUCAUAUGUUUGAGCUCUAUGUGAAGCCUGCUGAAUUCUUGGCUAUGCUAGUAGAAGUUCCAAAAUCAUUAAAUGGUACGUUGGCCUCUUUUUU